GUCCACCUCCAUCGUCACUUUCUUCCGCCCAAUUUCCACGUUCGUCGAUUCAAUCCUCGCAAUUUGAAUCAUUCUAUAUGAUUGAAUUUCAAAUUGCAGUUCAAUUCCUCUGUUAGCGACUCUACAUUCUCUAUCCUCGGAACAGAUCGCCAUUUUCGAAAAAACAGAGUAAAAAAACCACGAUGAACGAUCUGUUUUCCUCCGAUUCGUUCCGGCGGGAGCAGCGCCAUUACUCCGUCGAGAUGGCUCCCGACGCGCCGUCGUCCACGACGGUCAAUCUCAACAGCUUCUUCGAAGACGUCGAGUCCGUGAAGGCGGAACUGACGGAGCUCGAACGCCUCCACCACAGCCUCCACAACUCUCACGAACAGAGCAAGACUCUGCACAACUCGAAGGCGAUUAAGGAUCUCCGAUCUCGAAUGGAAUCGGACGUCGCCGUUGCUCUGAAGAAGGCCAGGGCAAUCAAGCUCCGAUUGGAGGAUCUGGACCGGUCCAACGCCGAUAACCGGAAUCUUCCCGGUUGCGGCCCUGGCUCCUCCGCGGACCGGUCCCGAACCUCCGUGGUGAACGGAUUGAGGAAGAAUCUGUGCGAUUCGAUGGAGAGUUUCAACAAAUUGAGAGAGGAGAUUUCGUCGUCGUAUAAGGAGACGAUAGAACGCCGAUAUUUCACCAUCACUGGAGAGAAUCCGGACGAGAAAACUAUCGACCUUUUGAUCUCUACAGGUGAAAGCGAGACGUUCCUGCAAAAGGCGAUUCAGAAGCAAGGGAGAGGCAGAGUCAUGGAAACGAUUCAAGAGAUUCAAGAGAGGCACGACGCAGUGAAGGACUUGGAGAAGAAUCUGAAAGAGCUGCACCAAGUGUUCAUGGACAUGGCGGUGCUGGUUCAAGCCCAGGGGCACCAAUUGGACGACAUAGAGAGCCAAGUGACUCGAGCCAACUCGGUGAUCAGGCACGGCACGGCGCAGCUGCACAAGGCAAGAUUCUACCAGAAGAAUACACGAAAGUGGACGUUUAUUGGCAUCGCCAUUUUGGUAGUCAUCCUCUUGAUCAUCAUCCUUUCCGUAACCCUGCGCAAGUAGCAUCCUCAACUUUUUUACUUCUUCGGUGUUUCAUUUUUAUUCCAUAUUUUACUUUCAAGCACAAUAUGUUGGUGUCACGGUCAACUUUUUUUUGUUUCCUUCUUUUGGGAUGUUGAAGAUCAAGUCAAAAGCCUUCUCUUGUUAUCCUACUGGUUGCGAGUUCCUUUUUAAAGUUUUUGAAUGGAUCAAAAAAAGCUUUGAUGAA